CUUAAAGAAGGGAAGUUUAAGCCCUUUUGACCUAAACCCUACUCAUCUCCUCUCGAAAAUCCUGCAAGGAAAUUCGAUUGGAAAAGACAGGAUCCAGUAUGGACAAGAACAUGUUAGCAGGUCUCGAGGGUCUCCCUGAAGAAGAUAAGAUCCGAAUGUCCGCCAUGAUCGACCACCUUCAGCUUCGUGACAGCCUGAGAAUGUACAAUUCACUUGUUGAGAGAUGCUUCACUGACUGUGUAGACAACUUUACUCGCAAGACUCUGCAGAAGCAGGAGGAAACCUGUGUUACGCGAUGUGCUGAGAAGUUCUUGAAGCAUUCAAUGCGUGUAGGCCUGAGGUUUGCAGAGCUUAACUCACAGGCUGCAACACAAGACUAAAGCUAAUAAACAAGCAUGAGAGGGACUCAAAUGUUUUUGCUUAUUAUGUAGCAUUUUCUUUUUAUUAUUUUGCAUCAAUCGGGUUCUCCAUUCUCAGAUGAAAGGCAAGAUAUUGUUGGGGGGGUUGACGAUUGCUGUCAUGAAAAAAGUUGUCAUUGUUAAUUUCCUCUUAAAAAAUUGAAUAUGAUCAAAUAGAUAUUUGUUACCAUA